AUGUUAAACGCUACGGUUUAUUUAUUUCGAUUUUUAUAUGCUAUGCUCAGCGAACAUAUCUUUUUCGUACUGCUCGGUAGUAGAAGCUUUUCAGGAUGGCGUAUUCUAAUGCAUUUCUUUACUUUUGCUGAAUGCUAUUUAUCGUCGAAUGAAAAGUUCUAUUCUGUCAUGGAAAACACAGAGCAUGUUGUAUACUUUUGA